ACAGCCUUUAUUACACGUGGCGAGUGCCAGCACACCAUCCUUGCAUCAGAGCUGGAUCACACAACCCUAAUCUGCUCACAGGAUGACUGCACUGCAGGAAAGAAUAAUCAUCUUCUCUGUUUUUCUGUCUCUCAUAUGCAUCACUCAGGUCAACGCAUUACCUCUUCCUGAUGAGUGGAGCGGUCUGAUCCUGAGGACCAAGCGAUCGCUGCUGUGGCGCUGGAACAGUCUGAAGCCUGUUGGAGCCAGCUGCAGAGAUGCUUCAGAGUGUGGCACCAAGUACUGCAGGAAAAAUAUCUGCUCCUUCUGACACUGUGAUAGCAGAAGGGGGGACUCACAAACAUCUACAUUAUGGACCAAAGCUUCACACUACUGGAUAAAUGAUCAUGAGUGACAUCAUUUUUUUAAAUUGUUGCUCAGAAAUUGUGUUAUGAUAAAUGGCGUAUACUUAUACAGCACUUUUCAACCUUGGUUGAGUACCAAAACGCUUUUACACCUGUUCCACUUGUCAUCUGUUUGUAUUUUUCAUAAGAAAAUAUAAAUAUUCCCGCUCUUUUUUGAGGUGCACUGAA